AUGGCAAACACAACAGGUCCUCAGAUGGUGAAAAUUGUCCCAGAUGGCGACAUCAUUCUGGUAGUUGGAUCUGAUAAGACGAAGCUUCUUAUCAAGUCCAUACUAUUAAGGGCAGCCUCAAAACCCUUCUCAGCCAUGCUUGGGCCAAAUUGGAGAGAAGGCCAUGAUAUGCGAUAUCAUAAUGGCCCGUUUGAGUUACCACUACCGGAGGACAAUGCUACUGCAAUGGAAAUCAUAUGUUCUGUCAUUCACUUCCAGAACGAUAAGAUUCCACAGAUCCUCCCUGCUAGCGACGUCCUCGCUGUCGCCAUCGCCGCAGACAAGUACGAUUGUAUGAAUGCCCUACAAUUUGCCAGCAAGGCAUGGCUCCGGGAACUGAAAGUCAAACCGGAAGAUCUCAUGCUUCUCGCUGCCGCGGCGUACCUCUUCGGGGAUGCCAAAGCGUUUAGGGAAAUCACUGCAGCAUUGGUCCUCAACCAUCAGGGGUCUUAUCUUUCUCUGUCCGGGGAAAACGGUGGAUUUAUUAUUCCGUGGGAGGCUUGCUGGAAGAGCAAAGAGGCUUCGUGA